UUUCAUACGCUAGGGUGUAGUGAAUCCUAAGUUCCAAAACAAACGAAGGCUUGCGAUUUGGAAGUUCAGUCUCAUAAAACUCAAACACCUCUUUUAGCUGCUCUAGUCGCGCGUUUCACCACUCAAAGAUCGAUGGCUUCUGCAAAAGCAAUAACAAGUCCAGUUCCAGAUGCGUGGUACCCAACCCUAGCCGUCUUGAUGCUCACUGUUGGCCUUGUCCUCACCGCUUCCUUCUUCAUUUAUGAAGCAACUUCUUCUAAGCGAAACCGCAGUCUUGCCAAGGAGCUCACCACUGGGGGAGUGGCAUCCGUCUUCCUGGGUUUCGGAUCAUUGUUUCUGCUACUCUCGGCUGGUGUUUAUGUCUGAUUAUUGUAUUACUCGACCAUUAUAAAACAAUUUCCCGAGCGGAAUUAUGUCAUGUUAUGGAUCAUGGAUUUGACAUUGUCAUUUACAGACAUUAAUUAUCAGAUUAGGAUAGCUUCUUUGAUAACAUUUUGAUAUCA